AUGUCUGGAAAACUCAACCAGGAGGAAUAUGAAGCGCUUCACGAGCACAAUGUUAUAGAACGAAUCGACCCCCCCCCAAAGCGCAAGAUAAGCUUAAGCUAUCUCUCACCUUCCCUCAUUGCUUUGCCUGACCUGGUGUACCCCGCUUCCCUAGUCAGCGUCGAAGCACUCGAGUUUAUUGGCCUGAACAGAGAUACAGCACAACGUAUCUUCGACAAUCUCAAAUCAGCUCAGAUUGAUGAUCAAGAAGAUGAAGAAGAAGCUGAACUGCCUUCGUUCGUUCGGGAACAUCUCACGCAACGGAAUAUCAAGUUUGGGAACCUGCCAACCGCGGAUGCGCUCACCAGCAUCGUACUUACAACCAACACCAUCACCGCCAUUCUCAACCCCGAAUUUCGAGAAGUUUUUGGGACAGAAACUCCUUUUUAUUGGGCUUUCGAUACGCUGCGAAUGAGGUUCAAUCAUGUUCUACUCGUCGAAGAUAAAAUCAAGAAGUCAGCUGAAAGGGCACUCCUGGCUAAGAGACAGAGGGAGCAACCCAAUGUGAAAGAUCUUUUUGGUGGCAAAGAGGUUCUGUCUUCCCAAUCGUCCGGCAUGACCCGUAGUGGCAUACGUGCUGGCAGUUUCCAUCUGCCAAGGGCCUCGGCCCGGAACACGCUGCACCUGGGAUUGAUUAACGUUCGACAUCGUAGACAUCGUAAACAAGGGAACUUUCUUUUAUGUCUAUAUCAGUUCUCCGCAACUAACUCUCAAAGAUAA